UCCCACACAGUCUUCAAGUUCUUCUUUCUUCUCUCUUCUCCUCUGUAUAUUUUCUUUCUAUAUUUCUUAUUUUUCACCUUGGUUUAUGGACAACAAAGGAUGGGCUCUUACUCUUGAUUCUGAUCCUGUCACUAAUUUCUUCACUAACAUUAACAAGAACAAGAGCUCUUCAUCAGUGGCUGGUGGUGGUUCUUUCUCGUCGGUGAGGAUGUUUCAGUUAGGUGGUCGCGCUCCUCCGUCCCCGCAGUCUGAUAAUGAUAACCGGGUGGCAAUCGAUGAGGUUGACUUCUUUAAUGAAAAUAAGAACCUGGUCGUUGAAGAUGAUCGUGAUGAUAAUGAUAAGGAUAAUAAACAGGUCGUUUGUGUUGGUGUCAAGAAGGAGAAAUCCAACGAGGACGUAGAUCGUUUCAGGACUGGUUUCGAUGUAAAUACUGGGUUGCAUCUUCUGACUGCUAACACGGGAAGUGAUCAAUCGACGGUCGAUGACGGGGCUUCAUCUGAUACGGAAGAUAAACGAUCUAAAACUGAGUUGGCACAAUUGCAAGGAGAGCUACAGCAUAUGAAUGCAGAAAACCAGAGGCUGAAAGACAUGCUUAGUCAAGUUACAAAGGAUUACAAUGCCCUGCGGAUGCAUCUUGUUGCACUAAUGCAACAACAAAAUCAAAGAGCAGCAAACAGUCCAAAACAUCAGGCAAUUGAAGAAGAUAAAAGGCAUGAAGUGAUGGUUCCGAGGCAGUUUCUGGAUCUGGGUCCUUCUGGGACAGCUGAGACAAACGAGCCCUUUUCUAAUUCUUCAUCAGAAGAAAGGACUCCAAGCAAUAUCGAGGUGGCAUCUAAAACCAAUGGAAAAGGUGAGAUGGUUUCAUUUGAUCAAGAACAUUCCAAAAUAAUCGAUAGAGAAGAAAGCCCAGAAGCUGAAGCUCAAGGUUGGGGUCCUAACAAAAUUCAGAAAUUAAACUCUUCAUCCUCCACUGAAGCCACCAUGAGAAAAGCCCGUGUCUCAGUCCGUGCUCGCUCAGAAGCUCCCAUGAUCACUGAUGGAUGCCAAUGGCGAAAAUACGGACAAAAAAUGGCUAAAGGAAACCCAUGUCCUCGAGCUUAUUAUCGUUGCACCAUGGCAGUCGGCUGCCCAGUUCGUAAACAAGUGCAACGUUGCGCAGAAGAUAGGACGGUCUUGAUAACAACUUAUGAGGGGAAUCAUAAUCAUCCUUUGCCUCCAGCUGCAGUGGCUAUGGCAUCAACCACAACGGCAGCUGCCGACAUGUUACUUUCAGGUUCAAUGUCAAGUGCAGAUGGGAUAAUGAAUCCUAAUUUGUUAGCCAGGGCUAUUCUUCCAUGUUCAUCAAGCAUGGCAACGAUUUCAGCCUCGGCUCCAUUUCCAACAGUGACACUAGACUUGACACACUCGCUAAAUCCUGCACAAUUCCAAAGACCUCCAGGGCAGUCACAAAGCUUCGGCUCAGUUUCAGCCCCUCAGUUGCCUCAGGUUUUCGGUCAAGGACUUUACAACCAAUCAAAAUUCUCAGGUCUUCAGUUAUCAUCUCAAGAAUUGGGGCCCCCAACAUUGCCCCAACAGUCCUCCUCACAGGCUGACACUGUGACCGCCACAACCGCCGCUAUCACAGCCAAUCCCAACUUCACGGCAGCUGUUGCAGCCGCGAUCACCUCCAUAAUAGGCCGUGGUCAAUAUCCAUAUAGUAAUAGUAACAGCAACAGCAACAACCCCAACAAUAACAACAAUUCCACAAGCAACAGCAAUAAAAUGGGAAGCUUCUCAGGAAAUUAAAUUUGGGAGGACAGCCGGGCCUUGCUCAUUUUAUUUUUUAUUUCUUUCCGGAUAAGAACGAGAUUACAUGUUCAUACACUUAGUUUUUAUUUUCUUUUUAUGUGAAGGGGAAAGGGAUGUAAAAUUUAUUUUGUCAAAAGAUAAUAAAAUUGACCAUCCAACUACAAUCUUUAGAUUUA